AAGCCAGUCUUCUCAUUCACUCUUCACAUCUACAUUUGUUUAUUCCUUCCCGCUGUGCGGAUCACUUUCACUUAUCAACACUUCCAAUAAUCAACUAUUUCAACACCAACUCUACAACUCCAAACCGCCAAUAUGCAGUUCUCCAUCACCGCCGUUCUCUUUGGCCUCGUCGCCAUCUCCUCUGCCGCCAUUACCGAUGUCGAAGGCGUUCGCAACACUCCCCGCAGCGAGCUUGAGAACCGCCAGGCAGCCAACGGCGCUUGCUGUAUCCCCAACCAAUCUUUGAAGCAGGAUGCCUGCACAGUCAACGGAGCGGCUGGCAAGUGUGUACCUGGAGGCCCAGCUCAAUGCAACGGUGCUCUGAACUGCGUUGCAAACAACCAGUUGGUGUGCGACAACAACGUCACGGAGCGGUCCGGCGUUCUGUGCCGCUUUCAGGCAGCCAAUGGCAAAAUCCAGGACGGUGCCGCGCAGAUUGACAGCCUUGCCCAGGCCAAGGUCAACUAGAAUGGGGUGUUAAUAGGUGGAGUGGGGUCUUGAAUUGAUCUGUAAAUUUGUAUAGCAAGCCUUAGACCAUAACAACUUGCUGUCGCACAGCAGGUGCGUAAAUACAUGUCUUUGAAAA